AUGGCCGGGGGGAAGGGGGGGAAGAAAAGAGGAGCGUCGGUCAACGAAUCCAGCAGCCGCGGAGGGACGAAGGCAACUAUCAGUAGCAGCAGUCGGCCAUCUGAUAGCAGCCAGAAUAGUGGGGCGGGGGAUGCGGUGCAGAAGAAAAAGGAUUUGGCUUUUCAGGAGGCCUCGAGGCGGUCGAUUGCUUGCAAGCAGACCAGCAUUUCGGAUGUUAAGAGCGUAAUAUGGAGACUGAAGACUGACCAGGAUGGCAAUAUUCAAAGCAUUGACGAGCGUGGCGCCAUUCAGAGUAACUAUGAUGGUUUGAAGGAAGUUCUGGAUGCUAGACGCAAGCUCUUUAAGAAAGUGAGAUCAAUGAGCAUUCAAGGAGUUCCAGUCACGCAGCCUUCUGAAAAUGAAACAUACAACAUGGUGGAGAUUGAGCUGGACAGUAAGGUUGUGCUGUGGCUUCUAUUUCGCCAAAGUGACGGUUAUCUGAUCGCAUUCUAUGUUGUUCCAACCAAGGAAAAUCCGGGUGGAAGGUUUUACUUUAAGGAUGUAAACCUUCCCUUUGAUCUGGAAGGGAAUAAGCUAAGUUGGGACAGUGGAUACACGAAGCAAGUGGGGAUAACUCUUGGUAAAGGGAUAACUCUGAACUUACUGGAAUGCCUCCUUGCUUUCACCCCCACCAGUUGUCACUUGAAAAUAUUCACUCCAGAGAACAGCACUAGUAUUGGAGAUUGGAUAUAUGAUAGAGUUAGAGUGCUGCAGACAUUUAUGAUAUUAUUUGGGGAGUGUCAACGUUCAGGGGUGUUCUUGCAGUUUGCGGAGCAGAACUUCGAGAAUGGGGAUGCAGUCCCGCUUCAUGAAGAGUUGAAGGAUCACUUACAUGAUUGGUCUAGCAAGGGCAGAUCAUUCCUUGCUUUAUAUGUUGCCCUGCUGUACAAGUACUAUGAGGUGCACGGAUGGAAUGACAAACUGAUUAAAGCAGUGCAUCAGAUGAAUGGUUCAGUCAAUGCCUUGUCAGCAAAGGAAGGACAUAAUCGCAUCAAAAACUACAUUGUUUAUGAGCAAGAUGAGGAUGGCAACCUGCCCAACUACCCAGCCUCCAUGACAAGGCUCGCGGGAACUGGUACUGAUCAAUUGCUUCACUUGAUCAACUAUGACUCAGACUAUGUCAUUGAUGCACUCAUGACAAUGAUGAAACAUGGUGGUUCUCGCUCGGAUCCCGAGGUUGACGUCAGGGAAGUUUGA